AGCCCUUCUGGACAGCUCCCGCUCACCCAAACAGAAGACGUCGGCGCCGGAGCGGGCUCGGACAUGGCGAGGCUGCGCGCCGGCCCAAGCGGCGGGGCCCGGUGAUCCCUCCCUCCCUCCCCGUCCCCUCCCCUCUCCCGCACACACGCCCCGUCCGCCCCCACCCCGCCCCCACCCCGGGCGAGCCCGCCCGCAGCCCCGGGGCGCACACCCGCACGCGCGCUCCACUCCACUCACUCCCGCACUCCCGCGCCCGCCCCCACUCCCGCGGCCGAGCCCCGCCACGCGCGCCUUGCCCGCCCGCCGGCCGCCCCCGCCGCCCCUGCAGCCCCCGGGCCCCGAUGGACUGAAUGAAGGCUGCCUACACCGCCUAUCGAUGCCUCACCAAAGACCUAGAAGGCUGCGCCAUGAACCCGGAGCUGACAAUGGAAAGUCUAGGCACUUUGCACGGGCCGGCCGGCGGCGGCAGUGGCGGGGGCGGCGGCGGGGGCGGCGGGGGCGGCGGCGGGGGCCCGGGCCAUGAGCAGGAGCUGCUGGCCAGCCCCAGCCCCCACCACGCGGGCCGCGGCGCCGCUGGCUCGCUGCGGGGCCCUCCGCCGCCUCCGACCGCGCACCAGGAGCUGGGCACGGCGGCAGCGGCGGCAGCGGCGGCGUCGCGCUCGGCCAUGGUCACCAGCAUGGCCUCGAUCCUGGACGGCGGCGACUACCGGCCCGAGCUCUCCAUCCCGCUGCACCACGCCAUGAGCAUGUCCUGCGACUCGUCUCCGCCUGGCAUGGGCAUGAGCAACACCUACACCACGCUGACGCCGCUCCAGCCGCUGCCACCCAUCUCCACCGUGUCUGACAAGUUCCACCACCCGCACCCGCACCACCAUCCACACCACCACCACCACCACCACCACCAGCGCCUGUCUGGCAACGUCAGCGGCAGCUUCACCCUCAUGCGCGACGAGCGCGGGCUCCCGGCCAUGAACAACCUCUACAACCCCUACAAGGAGAUGCCCGGCAUGAGCCAGAGCCUGUCCCCGCUGGCCGCCACGCCGCUGGGCAACGGGCUAGGCGGCCUCCACAAUGCGCAGCAGAGUCUGCCCAACUACGGUCCGCCGGGCCACGACAAAAUGCUCAGCCCCAACUUCGACGCGCACCACACUGCCAUGCUGACCCGCGGUGAGCAACACCUGUCCCGCGGCCUGGGCACCCCGCCUGCGGCCAUGAUGUCACACCUCAACGGCCUGCACCACCCGGGCCACACUCAGUCUCACGGUCCGGUGCUGGCCCCCAGUCGCGAGCGGCCACCCUCGUCCUCAUCGGGCUCGCAGGUGGCCACGUCGGGCCAGCUGGAGGAGAUCAACACCAAAGAGGUGGCCCAGCGCAUCACCGCGGAGCUGAAGCGCUACAGUAUCCCCCAGGCGAUCUUCGCGCAGAGAGUGCUGUGCCGGUCUCAGGGGACUCUCUCCGACCUGCUCCGGAAUCCAAAACCGUGGAGUAAACUCAAAUCUGGCAGGGAGACCUUCCGCAGGAUGUGGAAGUGGCUUCAGGAACCCGAGUUCCAGCGCAUGUCCGCCUUGCGCCUGGCAGCGUGCAAACGCAAAGAGCAAGAACCAAACAAAGACAGGAACAAUUCCCAGAAGAAAUCCCGCCUGGUGUUCACUGACCUCCAACGCCGAACCCUCUUCGCCAUCUUCAAGGAGAACAAACGCCCGUCGAAGGAGAUGCAGAUCACCAUUUCCCAGCAGCUGGGCCUGGAGCUCACAACCGUCAGCAACUUCUUCAUGAACGCCCGGCGCCGCAGCCUGGAGAAGUGGCAAGACGAUCUGAGCACAGGGGGCUCCUCGUCCACCUCCAGCACAUGUACCAAAGCAUGAUGGAAAGACUCUCACUUGGGCACAAGUCACCUCCAAAUGAGGACAACAGAUACCAAAAGAAAACAAAGGAAAAAGACACCGGAUUCCUAGCUGGGGCCCUUCACUGGUGAUUUGAAAGCACAAUUAUCUUGCAAAGAAACUUCUAUUCUAGCUGUAAUCAUAGGCCAGGUGUUCUUUUUUUUGUUUUUAAUAGCUAUGGAGUCCAAGUGCAAGCUGAAAAAUUAAUCUCUUAGAACCAGACACUGUUCUCAGCAUGCUAAGCAUCCCAGAAACCCAAAUGGGGCCUUCCUGGAGCGAGUUAAUUCCAGUGUGGUGUCAACCAAGCUCAGGAUUGCUUAAAAUGUCAUCCGUCCUACUUCAGGUCCUGUCAGCUUCUCGCAGUCAGAGUUCCUAUGACUAACAAUAGGAAUUUGGCGUAUGUAAGGACUCUGAGUUUAGGCUUCCAAGAUACAACAAUAAGAGAAGAAUCUAGCAACAAGAAUGACCUCAUUUGUUUUCCACAUGCUUAGCCUCAUUAUACCACGGUAUGUCCAAGUUCACAGCCAUAACAUAAAAAACAUCAGAAUGGCAAUUACUGAGCACAAGUUUUAAAUAUGGACGUUUAAAAAAAUCCAAGGACCUGUUUUUCCAACCCAGACAUCUUUUCAUUGAAUGAUUUAGAAAGCUUUAAGUUGAUCCAGCUUACAAUUAUUUUUUUCUUUACCUCCUGGAAAUCUCAUAUAGUCUUGGAUCCAUCAAAACACCAGUCAGUUCACUUGAGCUCAAAGUAUCAAGCACAACAAAAAUAAACAGAAGUAAGGAAGGUUCUGGGUUCACCACAUCUGCAUUUUUACCAUAUCUGGAUUGUGAAGUCAUUAGGGAAUUGAUGAGAAUAUGGCUUCAAGCACAUUUUGCAGUUUGCUACAAAUUCUGUUGUACAUAAUGCAGACGCACACUCAGGAGGCCAAUUUAACUGUUAACAGUACAUGGAGCGAAUGCAGCAUUUUAAAAGAUCUAGGUUUUUUAAGAUCAUUGAUGUGUCCUUCUUGGUUGAUCAGUCAUCUGGUCCCUCCUACUGUGCGUUAUGACCACCACGUAAUCCAUUCCCACUCUUUCUGAUUUGGGGUUUUUCGUCAUCCAUCCCAUUUAGUAGGGAUGUUUUCCGUGUUUUCUAGCAAGAAAAAGAAAUCAAUCAAUCAAACCUGCAUACAUGUUACUCAUGACUGUCAUCUAAUCCUAAAUCUCUUCUGUUGUUGAAUCAUCCUUGCAAAACAGCUGAAUAAAUCUGGAGAAAACACAGCACACCAAAGAAGCAGAAUACUGCAAACCAAAGACAUUUAUGACUUGUCAUUUUCUAGCCUAAAAAUACUGUGAUUACUUUUAGAAAUCAGAAAACCUCUGCAACUCUGAAUGGCAUUUGGCACAUCAUCAGGCUGAACAGACCAGCUAUGCCAAGGACGUUAGCCAAGCCACCCAGGGGAGUGGCUUUGCCACACCAGUUGUCACCUUCCCAUAGCAAGUGGAAGAGCGUCCACAGAACUCUGGGAGAUUGCGGAGGUCACAAUGUGCAUAUUUACCAGUGAAUGGCCCCGGGUGGGGCCACAUGGGGGUGUUCAAAGCAAGUCAAACGCUGCAAUGAUUCUUUACAGACACUUGAGACUGACUUUUUUAUGAGUUACUUAAUCGAAACCAAAGAAACUUUUUCUGCACCUACUUCUGCAACAAACAAAACUGUCCCAUUGAAAUGAAUAAAUAAAUCCGUAAAUCAUUGGAAAUCACCACCAAUAAGAAGGAAGCACGCCAGAAAAUAAACGAAAACAAAAAAAACAGCGAGACACACUGUGUUCAAACAGACCUCUUGGGACAUUUUUUGGAAGCAGAUUUUAAAGAAAGGGUUGAGACAAAGAUAGAAAUAAGGAAGAGCCUCAGUGGCUGCUGCUUCAUUUGACAACUCACGCGGUAAUCUUAAAGUUGAAGAUUGUCUUUAAUUUGUGCCUAUGCAGUUUUUCAAAAGAACACGGAACAGAGCAACAGAAACCUCAACAGCUACAAUACCAAAGAUGAGGAUUUCUCACACCUUUUGUUUCAGUUCAUUAUCUCCUCUUGCCUGGCUAAAAUACUAAUAGCGCCAUUGAUCUGUAUAAAGAGAGCACUGCAGUUUGUUUGCUGUCAGAACAACAG